GCAUUUACCACAAUGCUCUCGUCCAGUGAUCUUGGGUCUGCUUCCUGGGAGCUCAUGGUCUGCGUUGACCAUCCAAAUGAAGAGGAGCAGAGAGAUGUCACACUGAGAGUGUCUGGAGACCUGCAUGUUGGAGGAGUGAUGCUCAAGUUAGUAGAACAGAUCAACAUAUCCCGAGACUGGUCAGACUUUGCUCUUUGGUGGGAACAAAAGCAUUGCUGGCUUCUGAAAACCCACUGGACCCUGGACAAAUAUGGAGUCCAGGCAGAUGCAAAGCUUCUCUUCACUCCUCAACAUAAAAUGCUUCGCCUCCGGCUGCCCAACGUGAAGACAGUGAGAUUGAGAGUCAGCUUCUCUGCUGUGGUUUUUAAAGCUGUCAGUGAUAUCUGCAGAAUGCUAAAUAUUAGAAGAUUCGAAGAACUUUCCUUGUUAAAGCCUCCUGGUGAUUAUUUUAAAAAGAAGAAGAAGAAAGACAAAAAUAAUGAGCCCAUAAUCGAAGAUAUUUUAAACCUAGACAGUUCUCCAACAAUUGCAGGUCCACCAGUAAGUCCUGGUUUAUACAGUAAAACCAUGACUCCUACAUAUGAUCCCAUCAAUGGAACACCAGCAUCAUCCACCAUGACUUGGUUCAGUGACAGCCCUUUGACUGAACAAAACUGCAGCAUCCUUGCAUUCAGCCAGCCCACCCAGUCACCAGAAGCACUUGCUGAUAUGUACCAGCCUCGGUCUCUGGUUGAUAAAGCCAAACUAAACGCAGGUUGGCUAGACUCCUCACGCUCCCUUAUGGAACAAGGGAUCCAGGAGGAUGAGCAGCUGCUGUUACGAUUUAAAUAUUACACUUUCUUUGACUUGAAUCCCAAAUAUGAUGCAGUGCGAAUAAACCAGCUCUAUGAACAAGCCAGGUGGGCCAUUCUCUUAGAAGAAAUUGACUGCACAGAGGAAGAAAUGUUGAUCUUUGCAGCUCUACAGUAUCAUAUUAGCAAACUCUCAUUGUCAGCUGAAGUACAAGAUUUCACAAAUGACUCUGAAGUUGAUGAAGUAGAAGCAGCACUUUCUAAUUUGGAAGUUACCCUAGAAGGUGGAAAAACAGACAACACUUUGGAGGACAUUACUGAUAUCCCUAAACUUGCAGAUAAUCUCAAAUUAUUUAGGCCCAAGAAGCUAAUACUAAAAGCUUUCAAACAAUAUUGGUUCGUCUUUAAAGACACAUCGAUGGCCUACUUUAAAAAUAAAGAACUUGAGCAAGGAGAACCAAUAGAAAAACUAAAUCUUAGAGGCUGUGAAGUUGUACCAGAUGUAAAUGUAGCAGGAAGAAAAUUUGGAAUCAAGUUACUAAUCCCUGUUGCUGAUGGUAUGAAUGAAGUGUAUCUGAAAUGUGACCAUGAGAAUCAAUAUGCCCGAUGGAUGGCUGCCUGCAUCUUGGCAUCAAAGGGCAAAACCAUGGCAGACAGCUCCUACCAGCCAGAGGUCCUCAACAUCCUUUCAUUCCUGAGAAUGAAAAACCGGAGCUCAGCGUCCUCAACAGCUUCCAGUUUUGAGAGCAUGGACAUAAACCCAGAAUGUUUUGUGUCUCCUCGGUGUGCAAAGAAACAUAAAUCUAAGCAGCUGGCAGCCCGGAUCCUAGAAGCCCACCAGAACGUGGCCCAGAUGCCCCUGGUCGAAGCCAAGCUGCGAUUCAUCCAGGCAUGGCAGUCUCUUCCUGAAUUCGGGCUCACUUACUACCUUGUCAGAUUUAAAGGAAGCAAGAAAGAUGAUAUCCUGGGAGUUUCGUAUAAUAGGUUGAUUAGAAUCGAUGCAGCCACUGGGAUUCCAAUUACAACAUGGAGAUUCACAAAUAUGAAACAGUGGAAUGUAAACUGGGAAAUCCGUCAGGUGGCUAUCGAGUUUGACCAAAAUGUCUCCAUUGCGUUCACCUGCUUGAGUGCAGAUUGCAAGAUUGUGCACGAGUACAUCGGGGGCUACAUUUUCUUGUCCACUCGCUCCAAGGACCAGAAUGAAACGCUUGAUGAGGAUCUGUUCCACAAAUUGACUGGUGGUCAGGAAUGA